AAUUAAUUUUUCCAUCUGCGCCUGUGUGUGUUGCGUGCGUACGUGCGACCAGCCAAAAACAUUUCCAUCUGCACGGGAUAGCAGCAGCAAAAUUUUUGCAAUCCAUCAAAAUUUGCAGUAUUCCGUACGUUUGCGGUAGUAAAUUCAUCAUGAGUGCUAAGAACGUUGCCAGCCUGGUUCUCCAGAGCAGCCGCCAGUUCUCUCGCAGCUCCAGCGCCCAGUCCGCGAACGUUGCCGAUGGCUACAAGACCCUGAAGAACGUCCAGGCUAAGUACCAGAAGCCGGACGGCAAACCGGUGUUCCUGAAGGGUGGCGCCACCGACCAGAUCCUGUUCAUCACCACCUCGGUGUUGAGCGUGGUUGGAUGCGUCGGAAUCGGCAAGCUUAUCUACGAGCUGAGCUACCCUCCCAAGAACGAGGAAUAGACAGUUAGACAGGAAAAACGAGAUUGGGGCUGUUAUGAUGAAAUCGUAGUCGAAAACUUUUCAAAACUCGCAUUUAUUUCGUUAGGCGGUUUAUUUUUUAUCUUAAUUUUUUUACUCCGCAACAUCCAGGACCUUGUGAGAUUGGCUUGUAGAAAACAUGAACCAUAAUCGGUUAAAACGGGGAAAUCGGAAUUGGUACUUCUCACCACUUCUUGGUGAAAAGAUUCAACCCGAUUGAAACGAAGAAUUCCAUUGACAGAAGAUGCAAUUAACGGGAACACGAAAAAUGUGUAUUUAAUCGGAUAAUAUCUCCGCAUUUACCAAAAAAAGAACGAAAGUUUUAUGUUUUCUGUAUCCCUUCAAUGUAUUUCCUUAGCUUAUACGAAUAAAUGUUUGUUUUGAGUGAAA